GAAUAAAACAAGCAAGGGAGCCGUUUCAUAGCGAUAUCCCACCUCUAUUACUACUAACGCUAAUGUGUAAACUGCAUAACACAGUUCACUGUGCAUAGGUAUCUUUCCUCGGGGAAUUUCAAAAUGUUACUCAGAAAUGCUGUAGUUCACGCUAAAGGGAGACCAGGUUCUUUGUUAGCCAACUUAAGGAGGGGAACGCAUACAGGAGGGCAAUCUAGCAAUGAUGAUAUCAACCCUGUGUUUGUGAACCGGAAUCCUCGCAAUAUGGAAAUGUUACGAAUAGCACGAAAGCCUCAGGGAUAUGCACUUGACGAACCAACUAAUCAUUAUUGGUACAGGUUGGUAUUCGAGCAAACACAAAAGCACAUAAUUGGGAGAAUAGAGCAUUACACAGGCACCACUGUUGUCUCUGCUUCCACCAAAGAGUGGGCUAUAAAGCAACACUUGUAUUCAAACAUUGAUGUCAGCGCAGCUGAAAAUAUCGGACGAAUACUUGCGCAUCGGUGCUUACAGUCUGGAAUCUGUGAGGUGCACACUGAUUUGACAGACUUGUCUAAGUCUUCAGAAAAGUUGAAAAGAUUUAUAGCUGCUUUAGAGGAAGGAGGUAUUCACAUGAAAGAACCUGGGUAUAUUGGUGCACAUGAUAUGUACCGAUGGAAACGAUAUCAUCCGACUUUACCAUGGCAAGUGCUUGAAGAAGAUGUGCUGAAAGAAGACAAAGAAAGGUCAUUGAAGAAGGACGACAAUGAGAGAUCUUAACUGCAGGCUGUAAAAACUUAGAGUUUUGUGUAUAUGACUGUACAAAAUAAAAGUGUAUGCUCUAAUGUUAA